AUGGAUUCAGAUAUAUUAGCUAGCUUAAUACUAUUGACGGUGAAGACGGAUCCCAAGACUUCAAUGCCGGUCUUAAUUUCCAAUAUUUGUAGCCAAUUGAGGUACAUGCCCUCUUACCGCAAUGUUUGGAUAGCUAAGCAGAAGGCGUUGGAAAAGAUUCAUGGUAAGCGGGAUGCUUCAUAUAAUAAAGUGUGGCAGUGGCAUCAGGUGCUGGAGAGAUAUGUCCCAAGUUGCAUAACAAACCUUGAAACGGCACCUGCGUACUACAAGGACCGAUUGCUCCAUGGAUGUCAAGUGUUCAAGCGUAUGUUCUGGAGCUUUAAGCAAUGCCGAGACACAUUUCUAUACUGCAAGCCAUUGGUUCAAAUUGACGGUACCUUUAUGUAUGGUAAAUAUACCCAUCGGCUAUUACUAGCUAUGGUACAAGAUGGUAGUGAGAGAAUCCUUCCAAUUGCAUUUGCAAUAAUACCGGGGGAGUUAACUGAUGACUGGGAUUUCUUUCUUUCUAGGUUAAGAAGGCAUGUCUUCCCCCAACCUGAUACCUGCGAUAUAUUGAAUCAGGGCACUGGAAUACUAGCAGUAAUUGAGCGACAGGGAAGCCAAUGGCAUCACACACACUAUCGGUAUUACCUAAGGCACAUUGCAUCCAACUACUAUGGGUAA